AUAAAAUAAAUGAUUGGCAAAUAAAUCUUUCGUGCAUUUUCAUCGACCACAGCUCCUUAUGUGUGGGUUAACAAACAUACGAAGGUGAUCUGUUAAGGUAUCACUGGUAAUUAGGGUACCUUCUAAACAGAAUAAGCAUUAAACUAUUUCACAAAGAUGGUUGGUGGAGUGUCACCUAAGAAGGCUGGAAGCACUCAUCUAGGAUUACCUGUAUUCAAGAAUUGUCAAGAAGCCAAACAAAACACAGGAUGUGAUGCCUCAGUUAUUUAUGUUCCUCCUCCUACAGCUGCUUCAGCUAUCAUUGAAGCUAUCGAAGCCUAAAUUGGUUUGGUGGUUGUUAUUACAGAUGGAAUCCCAUAACAUGAUAUGAUUAAAGUGAAGCAUGCAUUGAGAUCUUAAUCAGUCACUCGUGUCAUUGGUCCUAAUUGUCCAGGAAUCAUUAAACCAAAUGAAUGCAAAAUUGGUAUCAUGCCUGGAUACAUUCAUUAAAAUGGAAAAAUUGGUAUUGUCUCCAGAUCUGGUACUCUCACUUAUGAGGCUGUUGAUUAAACAACAAGAGCUGGAUUAGGUUAAUCAACUGUUGUUGGAAUUGGUGGUGAUCCAUUCAAUGGAACCAAUUUUAUUGAUGUUUUAGAAAGAUUCAUGGUUGAUCCAGAAACAGAAGGAAUUGUUAUGAUCGGAGAAAUUGGUGGUGAAAAUGAAGAAAUGGCAGCUGAAUGGAUCAAGUAAAAUAAUCCCAAAAAUAAACCAGUUGUUGGUUUCAUUGCUGGUAUCACUGCACCCCCUGAAAGAAGAAUGGGACAUGCAGGAGCUAUUGUAUCUAAGGGAAAGGGAAGUGCCCCAGAAAAAAUUAGAGCUCUUGAAUAAGCAGGAAUCAGAGUUGUGAAAUCACCUGCUUAAAUUGGUAAAACUAUGUUGGAAGUUAUGAAAGAAAGAGGAUUGGCAUGAGUAUCAUUUAAUUUUAUCAAUAUUAUUUAUUAAUUCAUUAUUUAACUAUUUUU